UGCACCCAUCUCUGCGCGCUCUCUCCUCUGCAGCCCCGUGAAUCUCUCGCUCUCUCGCUCCCACGAUCCACUUGGGAACUUUGUCAGAGCGAGCCAACGUCGCCAAAACUAACGACAACCAGACGAGACGGGACGCCACCCUGCUGCCGUACGCUUCCACUGGAUCUUACCUAUUUCGGAUUUUUUAUUACGCAUUGGAGACGCUACGAUGACUCGCGUUGCCUCAUAAGUGGAUUUAUAACCGACUUUUUCGCGCUACGAGGAUGUCUAUCGUCGCUUUUGUCGCGUCUCGUGGAGUAACCUUUUGAGAAUGAAAGUUACGGUGUGCUUUGGGAGGACGCGAGUGGUGGUCCCGUGCGGGAAUGGGGACAUCAAAGUGCAAAAUCUCAUCGAACAAGCCGCGAUGAGGUACAAGAAAGCCAUCGCGAAGGAGCCGAGUUACUGGGUGCAGGUUCAUCGUCUGGAGCACGGAGACGGAGGCAUCCUGGACCAGGACGACCUGCUGUCUGAUGUGGUGGACGACAAGGACCGGUUGGUGGCAGUAUACGAAGAGCAGGACCCUCAUAACGGAGGAGAUGGGACCAGCGCCAGCUCGGGUACCCAGAGUCCAGAGCCCUUCCCCGUGGACCUGAACUCGGCCUCGGCCUUCCAGCCCUACCAGGCCCACAGCGAGAUCGAGGUCACGCCCUCCGCUCUCAGAUCUAGUAUGCCUCUGCACGUGCGCCGCAGCAGUGACCCCUCCCUGGCUGACGCUCCUGGGGGUCCCGAGGAACCCUCCAGGAAGAACCCGGUCCGAUGGUCCACCACGCCCAACUUCCACAAGUACAGCCUCAAAGUGACCAACACGGGCACGGGGAGUCUGGAGAGGAAGGGUCGGGGUGCUCAUGCCUACCGCAGCCUGCCCCGUGAUGCCAGUGGCUGGUCCACACACUUCCAGAGAGAGAUGACCCGCUCCUCCCUCAGCGCCAACCACCCCAUGAUGGAGAGACUACUGUACCAGCAGGACCAGGCGGAGGAGGAGGAGCAGAGGAGGCAGGAAAGAAGGAUCGAGAGGAUAGAACCUGUGGGCCGAGCAGACUCCACACAAGAACAUUCUCCAGCUUUAACCUUAGAGAGCAUGCUGAGGCCAGUGGAGGUGUGCAACGAAGGAGGGCCCCUGGGGAUCCACGUGGUGCCGUUCAACCAUGACAUCAGGACCCAUGGCUUACAGGUGAACCGCCUGGAGCCUGGAGGCAAAGCGGAGCAGGAGCGACUGUUUCAGGAAGGAGACACCAUCGUCAAGAUCAACCAGGCUGAUAUCCGCAACCUGCGCUUCGAACAGGCUCAGAACAUCUUCCGCCAGGCCAUGCGCUCCCGCUUCAUCCUCUUCCACGUGGUCCCGGCGUCUCUGAAGAAGCACUUCGCUGUGUUCACGGGUCAGGGAGAGCUCAGUCCGCCCCAGCCCAACAGGGUGCGCUUCAGCCAGGACACGCAGCACGGCAGCGGCACCAGAACCAGCCUGGUGGGGGCGCUGUCCACGCAACGGGCACCGGCGCCGGCACCAGUCAGCUUCAACCACAAUAACCACCCGGCUCCGCUGUCAGGGAGUACCCCAGAGACCGCCCGCAGGUACGCCACACUACCCCCCAACAGGACGGCCAACGCCCCCUCCCCAACGCUCCAGCGCCGAGUCAGCACCUCCGCAGCCAGCAACUCCUACAUGAAGACCAAAGGAAGGAAGUUCAGCGUGCAACUGAAAAAAGGUCAGGAGGGUCUGGGCUUCAGCAUCACCUCCAGAGAUGUUCCUAUAGGGGGCAGCGCUCCCAUCUUCGUCAAGAACAUCCUUCCCAGAGGAGCGGCCAUUCAAGAUGGACGACUCAAAGCUGGGGACCGCUUGCUAGAGGUGAGUGGCGUGGACCUGAAUGGGAAAAGCCAAGAGGAGGUGGUGGCCCUGCUCCGAGCGACUCCCAUGGGUGGCAUCGUCAACUUGUUAGUCACCCGCCCAGAGGACCCCCUGCUGCCCAGAGAGGUGAGUCCGAGUGACGAGGACUUGGGAGCGUCUCCAGAUGGCGCUCAGGAGUUCAUGACGUUUGAGAUCCCUCUGAACGACUCGGGUUCGGCCGGACUCGGGGUCAGCGUGAAGGGCAACCGCUCCAAGGAGAACCACGCCGACCUGGGCAUCUUCGUCAAGUCCAUCAUCAACGGAGGAGCGGCCAGCAAGGACGGUCGUCUGCGUGUCAAUGACCAGCUCAUAGCCGUGAACGGGGAGUCGCUGUUGGGGAUGACCAACCAGGAGGCCAUGGAGGCUCUGAGGACGUCCAUGUCUGUGGAGGGCAACAAGAGGGGCAUGAUCCAGCUGGUGGUGGCCCGCAGACUCGCAAGGCUCAUGGAGGACGUCCCGGUCAGUCCUCCUCUGUCCGACGUGUCUGGCGGGUCUCUGCUGGACGGUCAGGAGAGACGCAUCUCCCACUCCCUGUACGAGAGCUUAGACCUGGACAGCAUCUCCACUUCACGAGGAAACAUGAGCGGGCGCAUGGCAAACUACCAGCUCUCCCCGACCGUCAACAUGCCCCAGGACGACAUCGUGAUGAUAGAAGACGAUAGGCCGCCGCUGCUCCCGCCUCAUCUCUCUGACCAAUCCUCUUCCAGCUCGCACGAUGACAUGGGCUUCAUCGGAGAGAGCCCCGGAGAGUGGAUCCACGACAUACCGGACCAGGGGGAAUGCACCCUGAGUCCGGACGCAGAGGCUGACGGUUCGUUCCAGAGAGAAGGCUUCGGCCGGCAGAGCAUGUCUGAGAAACGGACCAAACAGUUCGAGAACGCCAACCAGCUGGACAUCGUACGAUCACGCAAGUCCAAGAGCAUGGAUCUAGGUUCCUCUUACCCGGCAGUAGGCCCGUCCCUGGGUCUGAAGAAGUCUGCGUCUCUGGAGAGUCUGCAGACGGCCAUGGCGGAGGUGAACGUGUCCAGGGCCCGCUCCCACAUCGUCAGGGGCCGAGGCUGCAAUGAGAGCUUCAGAGCCGCCAUCGAUAAGUCCUACGAGAAGGCCCCAGGCUCCAGCACCGCUCCCACCACAGAGGAGGACACCAGCAUGGACACAUUGGACGAGGACACGGAGGGCAGCUACCGUUCGGGCCUGGAGUCCAUCUCGACCAGUGGAGAUCUGAGCAGCGCCUCCAGAGAAGACCGAAGCAGAGAACGAGAGAGGAUCAGCCCCAUCAAGACCGAAGUGAAGAAGAAGAAGCCCGAGGAGGCCAAGGACAAGGGCAAACCCAAGAAGGGAGUCCUCAAGGGCCUAGGAGAGAUGUUCAGAUUUGGAAAGCAGCGCAAAGAGGAUCGUCCGGCCGAGAAGAUGGAACGAAAAGGCUCCAGUAAAUCCAAGAGUGAGGAGAGCAAGCAGCCCUCCGAAGACGAGACCCUACGGAUGAAGAUGGAGCAGGAGAGAAUCCAAGCCAAAACGCGCGAACUCCGAGAACGCCAGGCCAAGGAGCGGGAAUACGCCGAGAUCCAGGACGUGGUGAGCCCCCCCCUCAGUUCGGACGAGGAGCACACCUACGCCGGCAUCGGGUCCCUGGACUCCUCUGUGGACGGGAGCAGCCUGGACCACAGCCACCACCACUACCACCUGCCCCAGAGCCCCGACAGCCCGCCCACGCCCCUCCACAACCAGGACAAUGGACCCCCCGUGGAGGCCGUGUACGCCAAGGUCAACAAGCACCGCAACGGACGCCCUCCCGCUGCGGAAAGUGCCCAGAUGACGCCCAGUAACCACGAGCGGAUACAGCGACUGAGGCAGGAGUUCCAGCAGGCCAAACAGGAGGAGGAGCAGCCCUACAGCCUGGACCAGACCUGGCCCACCAACGGCACAGAGGCUCAGAGUGGACUCCACCCCCUCACCCUGGACCCUCCUCCUCCUCCUCCCCCGCCACAUCAACCGGACGAGGGCUACACCCCGAGCUCCAGACAGUACGGCUCCCUGCCCAGGCAGCCCCGUCUCCACCCCAGCGCCGCCUCCCAGGACCCAUGGGAACACCAGCACAAAGACCCCCGCUACUCCUCCAGCCCGGCCCCCCGCAACGGCUACCUGGGGGGGUCCAACUUCAACGCCCGCGUGCUGCUAGAGACCCAGGAGCUGCUGCGGCAAGAGCAACGGCGCAGGGAGCAGGAAGCCAACAAGCCACGCCCACAAUCACAGGACACGCCCCCCAACAACCAGCCGCCCGUUGCCGCCGCCACGACCACAUCCAAGGGCCCCUACCGGCAGGACGUCCCGCCUUCGCCGCGCCAAAUCGCCAAGCUCAACAGCCACAGCUUGGAGAAAGGGAGGCCAUUCUUUUCGUGA